AUGGCCAACGUGGUCGUGACAGGUACAGUGAAAAAAGUUAUGCUCGACGACCGUGAUUCGAACCGCGGGAUGUAUAAAAGCGAGAUCGAGAUCAAGCGGGUGUUGAAAGGUGAAAAUGUUGUCAACCAACUGGCCAACUUCAUAGACCCCGUGCGGCAGCAUAAGAUGGUGAUGGUGGAUGGGUUUGGAGACCCUCAUAUUUGUGAGAACGAGGUGCAUGUCGCAGACACCAAGAUUUUUCUUUUGAAUAAAGGAUACAACGGAGAGCUGAGACUCAACUCGAGCAUCCUCCCUAUCACAGUGGUCAACUUGAACUACGCAGAGGCCGUUGUCAAAGAUGUUUCUGUUGCCUGA